AUGGAAGACUGGCAAGAAACAGCACUUACAACAAGGCACAUGCAUAAUAGGGUUGGCAAGUCGAAAGCCAAUGCUACUCGGAAACGUCAAGGUGGGGCAUUUGAAGUCAGAAAGACCUUUGGCAGAUACGAAGUCAAAUGCCCAAGUGUCCACAGAAUCCAGAGCGGUAAUGAAUCAGCCAAGAACAGUAGAAAGCCACUGGAGCCAACCCUGGACAUAUUUCGACUCUCAGAUGACGGUCGCGGACUGCUGGGGAGACUGUUCUUUCCUGGCGUCCUCGACGUUCUUCUCAUCUUGACAGGGAGCAGAAAGACUCUCGAGGAGUUGGCCCUGAACUUUGAAGGCAGAGCUUCGGAAAUCUCAGGCUCGAAGCUGAACGACGAUCUUGAAUCCCCAGAGCCGCAGAAUGAGAGCCAUUUCAGUGCAAACAGCGACGACGAGAGCAGCGAUCAUCCGGAAAAGAUCGACGAGAAUCUUAAUCUGGACGCCGAAGAACGUGAACGGCAGAGAUUCAACAACUUUGAAAAGAAUAGCUUCCGCUCGCCCAAGUUCUGGUUUCAGUGGCAGGGGCAGGUAGAACACACUGCAUCACCCAGUGAUCAAAAAGAACAGGAUGGAGGAAAGAAAGAGACCGGGAGAGGCUACUUGGUGUUUUCUGGAAACAACUGUGACUCAUUCAAAGCUACCAUAAGUUGCAAUUCCCUUCAAUGGAAAGAUGUAUCGUUUUCCGGCUGGAAGAAGGUUACCAUGAGCGAGAGAGACGUCCCAUUUGAGUGGGUGUGA